UUCGGGUUAGGGUCAUGGACACUACUGCAUCUGUUUCACUAUUGCUCUGGGACCGCGAAGCCAUAUUUCUCAUAGGCAAGUUUGCAAAUGAAUUGAAGGAAGGAUUACUUGAGAAUACUGGCGGUGUUGAUAAGCCUUCCUGUCCAAUGGAGUUGAAUAAUAUUCUUCAGAGAAAAUUCAUGUUUAAGGUUAUUGUCAAGAGCUCGAACCUUCGUUUGCAAGAUGAAGCUUAUAGUGUUGUUAAGCUUACCGAUGAUGACCACCUGAUACAGAAAUAUAGUCCUGCUCCACCUUCAGAUAAUUUCACCGACCCUGACUUCAAUACUGAUCAAGGCGUAGAUGGAGAGAAGGAAUGCGAGGGCUCUACUGAAGAUAACGAGUUGAUCGAUAUUGCAAACGCACCUGCCAAGAUAGGUAUAGUUAAUGCUGCAACAAUGGUUGAAGAAGAUCCGAAUGUACAGUUGUCUGGAAAUAAGAUCAAGAGAGUGUUUAAGAAGAAGAAAACAGCGUAAGGUGUUUGCAUAUGUAACAGUUGGAGAA